AUGUCUGCCAUUCGCAGCGCGAAGCUCCCUCGGGGCGAGCUGCUUCGCGCCGUCCUCGAGCCACGGCACUCCCCUCUCCGCGUGAACACGAUCAGGACGGCCAGGACCCUGCCAUCUUCCGGAUCUGGCAGCAGACACACUCUACUCCCGACGUCAACUUGCAGCUGCCAGGUGCGAUAUGCAUCCAAGACGUCCUUCACUCCACCGGGCCGCCCACCACCGGAUGGGAAACAGACAGGGACAGCGCCCCCGCCGCCGCCGCUCGGGCAGAUAUUGCGAAGCGCAUUGCGCUUACCCAACCUCUUCCGUGGGCAAAACCUCAAAACUUUGCUCGCCGGAGCGGCUGGUGUCAUUGGAUAUGUUGUAUACAUGUACUUCACCUACUUCUACGCCGCACAAUUCACCAAAUACCCGCCCGAAAUCGCGAAGUCCCUGAGACGUGCCCUCCACUACAGCAACUACUACGAGGACCCGAAGCUCGCUCUGAAAUAUUACAAGCUGGCCAUUGAACAAUGCAAUGAACAUGGUCUGGAUCCGUUCUCGGAUGAAGUGGUUGGCAUCAAGAUUCAGCUUGCGGCUUGGCUCGAGAGGAUCAGCAAUGUCGAGAAUGCGAUCCAUGUGUUGGAGUUGGUCUUGACCGAGAACAAGAAAUGGCUGACUACGGCCGAGUCCGCACCUGAGAAGCUCCCACGGGCCCCUCGCCCUGGUACAAAAGUUGGAGAGGGCGAGUCAGAGAAGAUCAUCACACAAGAAGACUUCGAUAAUUGGCUCCGCUCUUCGCGCACCAGGAUCCUGGGCAAGUCGGUGGGGAUCAGCACCAAGCUCGGAGAAUUGUAUGCGCAUGAGCAGGUUCUACAGCAUGACAAGGCUCAUGAGCGACUUAUGUGGGCUGUUGAGACUGCCCUAGGAGAAUUCCGUCGGAGAUCUACAGAGGGCGUCAAACCUGGUGAAGGACCGUGGAUGACGCCAGAAGAGAUCGGUGGCGCACUCGAGUCUCUCGCCCACAGCUACGAACGGAAGUCAGAGUUCGACCUCGCGCUGCCCUUGUUCUUCCAAGCGCUCAGGCUCUGUCAAGACCAGUGCCACAUGGCUGUCAUCAUGAACAACCUCGCCGUUACCUUUGCUCAGCAUCCGCCACGAGCUCCCUACGAAACGCUCGCGGGAAUUGUUCCUGGCGAAGGCGAUGCGGCCCCGAAGCCAAGCUCAGGUGAGCAGUGGACGCGCAAGGAACUUCUCGAGUCGGGACAAAGAUGGGCCAAGAACGCCUACCGUCACGCAAAGGAACCAACGGGGGAGAAGCGAACUCCAGAAUGUGACGAGGCGUGCGCUGUUGCCCUUGUCAACCUUGGUGAUAUUGCAGCCAUGGGAGGCGAUGUUCGAGAGGCGCGACGGCGGUACGAGCAGAGCAUCAAAGUCAGCGAGAAGAACGGCUUCGCCGACGGUGUGGCGCAGGCUCAAGCUGGUUUGAAGCGACUCGCGUAA